UUGAUAUCGUGUCUUAAAAGAAUUUAAAGAUCAUUUAAAAUAUAUGUAUAUUACAUUUGAAACGUAGAGCAAUAAUGGGCGAACUACAGACAUUAAGACGUAAUGCUUGCAUUAUUGUAUUAGGAGAUAUUGGGCGAAGUCCUCGCAUGCAAUAUCAUGCUGUUAGCUUGCUGGAGGAAAAUUAUAAUGUUGAUUUUAUUGGGUAUGUUGAAACAAAACCAUUGGAGGAAUUAUCAGCAGCAGAAUCAAAAUGCAAGAUCCAUGAACUGACACCAGUACUAGUGACAAAUUUAACACCUAUACCAAAAUUAAUAUUUAAAACAUUUUGGCAAACUUUAAGUCUAAUGAUUGCGUUAGUGUCUAUAAGAAGGCCGAAUUUUCUACUUGUGCAAAAUCCUCCAGGAAUACCAACCUUAGUAGUGUGUUAUUUGUACUGCGCGUUAACACGUACACGAUUUAUCAUUGAUUGGCAUAAUUACACGUAUACAAUAUUGGGGCUAGGCAUGCCAGAUGGGGAAAAAAGUAGGAUUUGUCGAAUAGCAAAAUGGAUUGAAAAAUGGUUUGGAAGUAAAGCCGAUGCAAAUUUCUGUGUCACAAAAGCUAUGAAAGAAGAUUUAACCGAUAACUGGAAUAUAAGAAAUAUUACGGUACUGUAUGAUAGACCUCAUUCCAAAUUUCAUCCAGUAGAUCUGUCGGCAAAACAUGAUUUAUUUAUGAAACUCUCUAAGGAAAAUCCUAUAUUUCUGCCUAAGUGUUAUGAUGAUCUAAAGGAGUCUGGCGUAUUAGAAUCAACCGCAUUAACACAAAAAUUUAGCAAUGGUACAGUGUUCUACAAACCACAGAGAAUGGGCAUAUUAGUGUCCUCGACUAGUUGGACUCCAGACGAAGAUUUUAGUAUAUUACUUAAUGCUUUAGAUGUUUAUGAAAAAGAAGCUUCAAAUCAUCCAGAGAAGUAUCCGUAUGUACUAUGUAUUAUUACUGGAAAAGGACCACAAAAGGAGAAAUAUCAGAAACAAAUACAAAAACUGAAUUACACUAAAGUUGGUAUAAUUACACCUUGGCUUGAAACUGACGAUUAUCCUGUAAUAUUGGCUGCUGCAGAUUUAGGUGUGUGCUUACAUUGGAGUUCAAGUGGAUUGGAUUUGCCAAUGAAAGUUGUUGACAUGUUUGGCUGUGGUCUGCCAGUGUGUGCAUACAAUUUUAAAUGUCUCAGUGAGUUGGUACGUCCAGGGCAAAAUGGUUUUAUCUUUGAAAGUCAACAGGAACUUGCUCGACAAUUAAUAUUUUGGUUUGAAAAUUUUCCAAAUAACCCAAGUUUGAUGGAAUCAAAAGAAUUAUUUCAAAAAAAUUUCGAAACAUUCCAGUGCUUAAGAUGGCGCGAAAACUGGCUAAACCACGCAUUGCCCAUAUUUAAAUAAUUUGUAUGAAAUAAAAAUUAAUUUUUUAUAGGUAUGUACUUUUAUUUUUAAGUUUUAUCUAGAUGUAUAUAAUAAAUAAUAGCAAUUCAA